CGCAAAAACCAAGCAUUUCAAAUGUGGGAUCCCAAACUUCAAAUUCUCCGUAACAGAGCCACGACUCGCGUCUCCAUUGUCUAUAAAAAUCUCUUGCGCAGAAUUACUAGCUGAAGCUACACGCAUCCAUCCAUGGCCAUUUCAAAGAAGCCCUCAAAGUCUAAGCCUAAGCCCAAGUCCGACACCCAUUCUCCUCCUCCUCCAGCUCAUCUUCAUCCGCCUUACUUUCAGAUGAUAGGUGAAGCUAUAUCUUCGUUGAAGGAGCGCACGGGUUCAAGCCAGCCAGCCAUUGCCAAGUUUAUGGAAGACAAGUACAGAACUCUGCUUCCCCCAAAUUUCAAGAAAAUUUUGUCCGUUCAACUGAAGAGGUUCGUGAGAUCGGAGAAGCUUGUCAAGCUGAAGAACUCCUACAAGAUCUCUACGCCCCAGAAGAAAAUUGCUGCCCCGCCGAAGAAGAACAGCUUGGGGGCUAAGAAUACGGCCGAUAAGGACGGCGAGAAGCGGGCGGCGAAAAUGAAGCGACUGAGUCAGGUUAAGACUCCUGAAUCUAUGAACAAGAGAGUCGUCAAAGCUAGGGCUAGGGCUAGGGCUAGGGUUUGAAUUGUUAUUAUUUUUAAAUUUUAAUGGCGGUUUGAAUGUAGCAGACAAAUGUUUUUUUGCGAUUGAUUUAGGUCUCUUCAUUUCAGGUGUGUUUGUUUGUGUGAUUUAAGUUAAAGUGGAUGUUUUUUUUUUUUUUUUUUGUGUGUGUGAUGG